AUGAUGAUUGAACUAGGAGCUAAGGACAAACUGGCCUUCAUCACUGGAAAAUGUAAGAUGCCAAAUUCAGAUGCUGAUGAUUUAGAAAAAUGGCAGAGAAUUGAUACUAUGGUAACUUCCUGGUUGCUCAACUCUCUCACAAAAGAAAUAGUAGAAGCUUUUUUAUAUGUUACAUCUGCAAAAGAGUUGUGGGAUGAGAUUAAGAGUAGAUAUGGGGAAAGAAAUGGCCCCCUUCUUUAUCAAAUCAAAAGAGAAAUAAGCUCUUUUACUCAAAACAAUAUGUGUGUAAUGAUUUACUUCACCAAGCUUAAGAAAUUAUGGGAUGAGCUAAACUGCCUUAAAUCACUUCCUACAUGUACUUAUGGUGCAGCUAAAUGCAUAAAUGAAAUUGAUAAUAGGAAUAAGUUGAUCCAGUUCUUAAUGGAGCUAAAUGAUUUUUAUGAUCAUGUAAGGGACCAAAUACUAAUCAUGGAACCUCUUCCAAGCAUUAACAGGGCUCAUUCCAUGUUCUUGAGUGUUAAGAAGCAAAAAGAAGUACAUGGAGGAAGCAUGGGUGAACUUAAUGUAGCAAUGGCAGUAAAGAUAGCAAGAGACACUGCAAGCAAGCCAAGGAAAAAGGAAUUCUACGAGAAGGAGAAGGAUGGCAGGUUUCGUACUCAUUGUAACAACUCAAGACACACAAAGGAGAUAUGUUUUAAAAUCUAUGAGUAUCCUGAAUGGUUUACUGAUCUCAAAAUGAAGAAAGGAUAG